UUGAACACACAGGAGUUUGAGAAUCAGCCUGUUGGAGAGCACUGACAGAUAGUUGUGUCAUUCCAUCACAUGGAUGAGAUGAUUCACAUGAGCUGAUUAGUGCUGCAUAGGCAUUCAUCCGUACAGUCUACACGUCACGUUUUGCUGACUGUGAAGCACGACAAACGUGCUAUUAAGACCACUUUGAGACGACCCUGUUAUUUUUGUGCGUGUGUUUGCGUGUGUCCAGUGGGUGGUCCUCUCUCACACACACACACACACACGAGGCAGGUUAAGCCAAGAAGCAGCAGAAGGGGGAGAUAACAAGUGGAAUUGUGCUCUAAGAGGAUUAUCAGCGUCGUUAGUCACUCGCCGGUCUUGUCGAUGGAUGUCGGUUGGAGCGCAGCGCACCGCGACGCCGUGCAGUAACCCGCCGGUAACCGGGCGAGGAAACGGGUCACGCUCGAUCUGGUAGUCGGAAGGCCUUUUGAACCUGUCUUUUAUAAAGAUCAACAGCGACGUUACAGGAUGAUCCGUGGUAGUUUUUGCCUGCUGGGAGCGCACGGGAAUCUGGCACCGGGACUGCGUCUGCACCAGAGGGCGGUUUCCUGAGGGGGGCGGUUUGCCGACAGGCUGUUUCUGACAUGAAGACCCGACCGGCGGGGAUCGGCAAUGUCAAUGCAGACUGGAUGGGCUCGCUCCCCCCCAAGCUCAGUGCCAUGCCCCUCAAGCACCUCGCCGUGCCAGGUUCUCACGAUUCUUUUACCUACUGGGUGGACGUGAAUGCUCCUGUGGGCCCCGACCAGAAGCCAUUUGUGAAGUACCUGGCCACCAUGUUCAGCGUCGUGGCCAAGAAAGUCAUGGUGAAGUGGUCCAUGACCCAGAAUCUGACAUUUAAAGAGCAGUUGGAUGCAGGAAUCCGCUACUUUGAUCUCAGGGUCUCCUCCAAACCAGGCGAGGCUGGAAAUGAGAUCUACUUCAUCCACGGCCUGUUCGGCCACAAGGUUCAGGACGGCUUGUUAGAAAUAAACUCCUUCUUAAGCAGACACAGGAAAGAGAUAGUGUUUCUAGACUUCAACCACCACUAUGCAAUGGGCCCGGAGCAUCAUGUGCACCUCAUCACCAUGCUCCAGGAGGUGUUUGGCAGCAAGCUUUGUCACAACUGUGCAGUGGAGGCCAUCACUCUGGAUUACCUCUGGGCCAAGAAAUAUCAGGUGAUUGUGUUCUACCAUCAUCCAACAGCUCAGGGCAUCUCCGUCAUGUGGCCUGGCAACAAGAUCCCUGCACCCUGGGCCAACACCACCGAGCCUAACAAGCUCCUACAGUUCCUGGAAAGUACACUGAAGCAAAGAGCUAAGCAGGGCUCCUUCCAUGUGUCUCAGGCCAUCCUCACACCCAGGGUCAACACAGUGGCCAAGGGCCUGGUCUGGGGGCUACGUAGCUACCUGGUGGAGAGAAACCUGCCAACCAUCAUGUCCUGGGUCGAGGCCCAGAGGCCGGGGGUGGACGGGGUCAACAUCAUCACCUCUGACUUUGUGGACCUCACAGACUUUGCCAACAUCGUCAUCAAACUGAACAACCUGCUGUUGUCUGAACAGGGACACAAAGCAAGAUGACACAUGUCGGCACAACAGCACUUGCAGUGUGCUGACCUGCAGGAUGGAGGAGGAGGAGGGAGUUCGGACUGGUAGAUUUUUCCCCCGUUGUUGGGUUAUAGUUGUUACGUAAUGCUGGGGUACUGGGAAUUUGUUUCUGAAAAGCAUUCUAUGAAGUUUGGUUUGAUAAUGAUUUAUAACAUGAAUUCAUUAUACUGUGAGCUCAGACAGAACCACGGGAAGUUUAGAUUUUUUAAUUGAAAAAGGUGUAUUUGAGUGUUCAAGACUUCCACGUGAACUUUUGUCCACAUCUUUCCUAAGCAGGUUCCGGGCAUUAAUCAUGAAAUUAUCCAUGGGGUUUUUCAGUGAUGGCCCAGAAGAAGAAAACUAAGUGAGUUUUCUAGAUGAGUGCUACAGCACGUGAUGACAUCAUCAUGAUCGUUAUGGAGCCCCUUAAUGCCCAAACAAGACGUUUAAUACCAAGCUGAGGAACUCCACUUCGCAUAAGUUUUAAAGCACAUUAGGAUUAGCAGUUCAAAGGUUAUUAAACAAUAGCUAUGUUUAGCCACCUUCUGCUGUCUAGGUCAGUGAGGGUAGGUGUAGAGAUUUACACUAAAUGUAUGAAUGGGUCAAACCAUCAAUCAAUUUAUUUUAACUGUUAAUGAGAAAAGGGUUGGUGGGCCUCCUAGCACUCUCAUGUAGGCCAGAUGCCCUUGUCAACUGGACAUACGUUGAGCAUUCCUGCUCUGAAAGUUCAUAGUUAUGGGAACUCAUCAACUGACUCAGUCUGUCAGCCGCAGCAUCAUGCACAACAUUAAAAAAGACGGAAAGAAGCUGCAGCUGAGAUCACAGACCACAGGGAAUGCCCAGUGGCAUUUUUGUUUUACCAUAAUCAUCAUAAGGUCACAUCAGUCAUCCCACAGCCAUGGAUGGCUUCAUUUCUGGAUUCCUUUUCCUACGUUCAAGUGUGGGUGAAAUCUGGAAAUAUAUCACAUACUGCUGUCUAAUUACAAUUCAGCACAGGUCAGUCACAGCCGCCACAGUCCCAGAGAUUAACUUCUAUGGUUUCAACAUCAGCUGUGACAAAUGUUAUCCUUUUGUUUUUCAGUGUUCUGAUCACAACACAGGUUGUUUUUAAAAUUAUAGUUAAAGCUAGCUAUUUUUGUACCUUUUGCUUUGUGAAAUUCUUCAUGUACUGUACAGGUAUUUUAGGUACUGCCUUCGUUGGAACUUGCCUACACAAUAGAUAUUAUAAAGAAAGGUGAUUGGGACAAAUCUUUGGUGUACAGACUCCUAAUAAAUGCAAUAUUUUGUAAAAGAAUUUAAGAGCUUGUGCUAAAAAAAUGUGCUAAAUGAGCGAAAUCUGGGUUUUUUUUUUAAAACUCA